AUGCAACUUUUCGUCAAGUCCCUUGCCGGCAACACCCUCGCUUUCGAGGUCGCUCCCUCUGCUUCCAUUGAAAAUGUCAAGGCUAUGAUUGCCGCUCGUGAAGGCAUUGAUGCUUCUUUCCAAUGUCUCUCCUUCGCCGGUAAGUCUCUCCAAGACUCUGAAGCCCUCUCUGCCUACGGUGUCCAGGACAACUCUACUCUUCACUUGAACGCUGAACUCCUCGGUGGUGGUAAGAAGAGAAAGAAGAAGACCUACACUACCCCCAAGAAGAUCAAGCACAAGCGCAAGAAGGUCAAGAUGGCUAUCUUGAAGUACUACAAGGUCGAUGAAUCUGGCAAGAUCACUCGUCUUCGUCGUGAAUGUCCCAACGCCACCUGUGGUGCUGGUGUCUUCAUGGCUAAGCACAAGGACCGUCAAUACUGUGGUAAAUGCCACUUGACUUAUGUCUUCCAAAAGGAUCAACAAGCUUAA